AUGGAGGAGCGGAAGCGACGGCAGGAGAAGGAACGGAAGGAGCGGGAGAGAGACGAGCGGAAGGCUAGAGAAGGAGGGUCAGCGCUUCCCAGCAGCUUGUCGAACGGGCAGUUCAAGGCGGACGCGGAUUUACGGCUGAAGCGGCCGAUAUCGCGCCAGUUGUUCUGCGACGGCCUUCAAGAUGGCGAUGGUGUGUGGCGGCCCGGACCUAAAGGCUCGUGCAGGCCGCAACCGCAGCAGGCGAAGCGUCGGCUGCAGAUGGAUGCUGACGUGGACAGCAGGAGUGACGAGAGGCCGGCGAAGGUGCAGCGAAGCUACGUGCUGCAGCAGGUGGGGCAGCAACGCGGGCAGGCAGGGCGGACGCGAGGCGAGGAAGCGGCGGGUGGGCAGACUGGGGCACGCGAGCAGGCAGUGGAAACGGGCCCAGGGAGCAAGCAGGCGGGUGUGGGGCAUGGUGGGGCGUGGGCGUGUGAGCAUGAUGCAGGGAAGUCGCACGGCAGAGGGGUGGGGGGAAACGAGUGCGUGGCGGAAGUAGGGGAAGGUGGUGCUGCAAGCCGCUGUGGUGGCGGGGGGGAUGCGGCACGGCACGGCCAGGAUGGGCGCCACUAUUGCAUAACACCACGAUCAAGGAUAGGCGCAUGCCCCGUUGCUAUCCACAUUUCCCGUGACCUUCUUUCUUCCCUCUAUCCACCCCCCCCCCUCCUCCCCUUUUCCUUUUCCCAACUAUUAGCCCUCCUUUUCCUCCGCCCCACCACCAGUCUCCUCAACAGCAGAAUCGAUGCAAUCAACAUGUGUUACGUCAACGCCACACUGCAAGCCCUCGCCUCCCUUCCGCCCUUCCUCUCCCACCUCCUCCACCUGCCCCUCCCCGCCUCUCUCGCCCGCUCCUCCUCCCUCCGCCUCCCAGUCACCACUGAGCUUCAGCGGCUGACGUGGCAGCUGCUGGGCCUGCCACAUGGCAACAGCAGUGGCGCCACUGUGGGGAGCAUCAGUAGCCGAUUGAGGGGGACAGCGGGUGGCGUGGCGGAUGCGAGGGCUGUAAAGAGGGCAGUGGGGCGCAGCGCUCCCAUCUUUCAGGGUCAGGAACAGCAGGACGCACACGAGUUCCUGUGCGCGCUGCUGCACUGCCUUGCCUCUGAAGCCGCCACCAUCGCCGCUGCCGCCGCCUCUCCCGCCCACGCCCGCACGCCCACCCUCGCCCAUGCUCCCGCUCACACCCACAUGCCAACCCCCGUUGAAGGCUGGACGGGGGGAGGAAAGGAAGGAGGACUGGGGAAUGAGGAAGAGGGCGGAGGAGAGAGGGAAGAGAAGGAUGGAGGCGGGGACGAGAGGGUGGAGAAGGCGAGCACUGGGGACGGCAAUGGGUGUGCUGUUGGCAGCAAUUUCCUGUCAACGGACGAGACAGUACAAGGCAGGGUAUGCACGUACUGUCACCGCUCUGCACCGUGCCGCAUCUCCCGAGACUUUUUGCGCCUGCCACACAUCCUCAUACUCCAUCUCAACCGAUUCCAAACCACCUUCCACCCCACUCCAUGCCUUGAGAAACCCACUUUGUGCUACGAGGAGCCCACUGCCUCCCGUGGCAACCCCCAAGGCAGCACCACCAUCCCACCGCCUCCAUCGUGCCAGCCACCUGCCGCUCCGUCCCCUUCGAUUGCUCAACACACACGCCCCCUCGCAUCCCGCCCUCCUCGUAACCCUUCCCCUCCAUUCCCUCAAGAGAACCCAUUUUCCGUGCCAAGAGCGACAGCUCCGCCCUCUGCUCCGUCUGGGAAGGCGCCUCAUGCUACAACCGACCCUGCCUCCUCUCGCUCCCCCUCCUCUCCUCUUGUGCCGGCUGCUGGUGCUCCGUCGGUCAACCCCUUCUCCCUGGCGAAGGCUGCAGGCAGGCCGGUGGUGUUGAAGGAGGUGGCACCUAAGGGGGUGGUGUGUGGGCUCAAGGGUGGCGGCAGGCUGAUCACACGCGUGAGUAUGGUGGGUGGAGAUGCAGAGGGAAUGGACACUGGGGAGAGCGUGGAGGGGCAGCUGGCUGACAGAAGAAACAUGAAGCUUGAGGGGAGGGAGGCAGAGCACAUUGCGGGGCAAUGGGAGGAGGGCGAGGCUAGGGAGUGUGGGGAGGUGGAGGAGGAUUGGGCAGAGCUGCUGGAAGGGGCAGCUGGUGUGCUUGGGGAGGAUGCAGGUGAUGCAGGCGAUGACAGCCCUGUGAGCGUCAUGGUGGAUGGUGGCAAGGAGAGCAGCAGCGGUGUGGGUGGUGGUGGUGGCAUGGAGGAAACGGAGGCCAACAGGGGGCGGUAUGAGUGCAGGAAGAAUGUGGACCGGGUCGAGAUUGCCACGACACUUGACGUGGGUGAGUGGUGCCACAUGGGCAUCACUAUGCCGCGAUAUUGUUCUAUCUCCGGCCAUUGUCUCCGUUUGCACCCUCUUGUGCUGCCAUAA